AAUGGUUUUCCCCUUCACCUUCAACUUUACCGUUCCUGGACUCCCCAACCCAUUCGCAUCAAGCUCGACGUCAACGGAGCCUCAAAGUCAACAGCAGAAUCGGACAAAUCAAGCUUCCGUUGCCAAUUUUCCUUCUCAAGCGCCUCCUUAUCACCCCAUACCCUCCCAGGUCGCGUAUAACGCAUCGGAGGCGGCAAGGACGAGACGAAUCUCUCGCGCCAACCUCCCCAAGAUCAACCGCCCCCGACCUUCGCCCUCGCCCUCACCCGCACCGCUGUCGAGAAAACGCGGUUGGGAACCGACAUUUGCUGAACCGAGUGCCUCUACUGCGACACUUACUUCGACUAGUGGGUACCUCGACACCCCUGCCAAAUAUCGGGAUAUGGCUGCGGCUCAGAAUGGGGGGUUUGAGGCGGGGGGCGGGUACCAGGACAUCACCGUGGAUGGACGAUCUCUGCAGGACGAGGAAGAGAUGCCGCCCAUGAAGAAGCGCCGUGGCCUCGCGGGUUCCAUCAUCUCCACCGCCGUCAGUGCAGCCCUCAUCGGCACCGCCGUCGGCCUGACUGUCUACCGCCGCUGGCGAGAUCGUGGCAAGGACCAACAACAACACCGCAUCCAGCAAACGGGUGAGCAUGAGGCCCUCACCCCACCCCCUCCCUACGAAGCCUCCGCCUCCAAAUCCGACUGGCAGCGCGUGGAGCAGCCGGCUGCUGUGCACGUUACUCCACCUACACCUCGUUCUGUGAGGAAGACACGCCCUGCUACUGCUGCACCGAAGAGGCCUGUGGUGUACGUGCGGAAAUCUAAGCGACAUGGGCACGUGUCUCCCGCACCCCAACAGGCUGGCUUUCUACCCUCAUCAUCGACAUUGUCGGCAGCAAGGCCGGAGUUCGAUUUUGGGAAGCCAGACCAGGAGGAUGUUGUCGAAAACCAGAUGGACUGGAUCGGCGACAAGCUCUCCAUGCUCAUCGAGCAAGGCCGCCGUGCCCUCAACGCCGAGGUGGUCGUCAUGUCCGACGCCAAAGAGGACGAAGUCGACGACGGCACGGGGCAGUGGGAGGAGGAAGACGAGGGCGAGCAGCGCAAAUCACGCUCGCGCUCUGGCUCUGUGCGCCGUCAUCGGCCAAGGUGCAUCGCGCCUGCUUCCUCUUCCCCAAGGAAGCCGGCGUUCGCUGAGAGCUCGUACUCGCAAACAGUUUCGUACUCUCAAGGGCAGUCCUUGUCAGCUUCGCCAUACGUAGCUGGCUUCCAACCGAGUUCGUCAUACGAGACCCCGCGGAGGACACAUACCCGAGGGACGUCGUAUGAGAGCGGGCUGCCGUAUUCCGCUUCCGCCUCUGCCGGGUUCCCGGCUUCGUACUCAACGGCUUCGGUGGGUGGGUAUGGAGCUACUACUACGACGACGGAGGACACCUCGAGGUGGGAGAGCCCUGAGCUUAGGGAGAGCAUGGAGAGGGCGCGAGCGAGGAUGUUGGCAAGGAGGGCGGGUGCUACAUA